AGGAGAGGCAUUGGGAGCAUGGCGCAGGGACUUUGAGGAACUGGGCCGCGCUCCUUGCAGACACCCAACUGCGUCCUCGCCUUGUUGUUUUUUUAUAUAUAUAAAGAGAAUGGCUUUUCACAGCGAAACCCAGGAGAAACGAGUUCCGUUUCUGAAAGAAGGCGUUCGGGAGAGGCGCCCGAGUAGUGAGAACGGGGCUGGAGCUGCGGCUGCCGGCAGGGCGAAGUCAUCAUUUCCCUUCCGAAACGCGUCGAAAUCCAAACAACAAAAUGGCGAACAAGUCAACGGGCCGCUGGCAGGAAGCGCCCUCGGGCUGCUCCGAGCCGAUACGGCUGCGGCUCCGAACCAAGUCGCUGCAGAAAGCGAGGAACGCGGAGCCACAGCCGUUCAGAAAACCACCGAAGAUCUUGCUCGGAAGAGUUUUCAGAUUCCUAAGAAGAACAAAGAAAAGAAAGAACGCUGUCAACUAGUACCGGUGGGCUCCAGAGAAUUUAAACAAGACAUUUUGAAAGUUCUCAAUUCUUCUUGCCUGGAGUCAUCAUCAAGUGCUAACUUUACCUACAUGAAAGCUAGAUUGGUUCAUAAUGAAAGACUAGAGAGAGAGUAUGCAGAGAAAAGGAAAGAAAUGAGAAACGAGGGCCGAACUGAAAAGGAGUUGGCAGAGUCUUAUGCAUUCUUGUUGACUGAACCGUCGAAAGUUGCCACUAUUUGUGAGAAAGGAUUGUCUGUGGGAAGUUCCAAAGUAACUAUUCUUGGAAAUCCUGCAAUGGGUAUCUAUCUUUCAAAAUACUGUGAUGUACUUCAGCCCAAUCCAAUGGAUAAUGGAAGGAAGGCAGAGAUAAUAAUUUUCAAAAUCAUAAAGGGAAGGGUAAAAGCCGUCUUGGAUAACACCACCAAAAACUUCACCCCUCCCACACCGAAGCAUGAUUGUCAUGUUUUUAGAAACCUUGACCGGGUCCUUUCCCUGUUCACUUACAAAGCAUUUGAUCUUACCCAGUUUUAUCUUUAUGAAUUUGGAAAUGAAGGCAUAAGGCAAUACCCAAGACAUGUUUGCCCCUAUGCUGUCGUAUCUUUCAUUUACAAGGAAAAUAAAGUCCCCAGCAUCGCCAAGCCAGUCACACUGAGCUCAGAAAAGAAUUGUUCAGAAAAGUCUUACUACACAAUCUGGAAAGGACAACUUAUGAACAAAGGGAGGCUUCUGUGCUUCGGUUCUUUACAGUCAGCUACCCAACCGUUUCAGCCAUUCAAAUUGCCUGAGAAACUUGACAUCAAUAUGAUUAUGAGUGUUGAUUGCUUGAAAAAUAAAAUUCCAGUGACCGUAUUCCAAAAAGCAACUUUCUCUGGGAUUCGAGAAGUACUGAAGAAUGGAAUGUAUUAUAGCUUAUAUGACCUUGUGGAACAAAGCAAAACGGGAAGGAAUUUGGAGGCUCUGCUUAAUAAACUGGAAGAGGAUAAACUAGUUUUUAUAAAACCCUUGGAUGAUCGUGGAUUUCUGAUUUUAUUUUCUCCCUCAGAGAUGGCGGAUAAUGGACCUCAAAACUUGAAGCCCAAGUGUCUUCAAGCACUAUUUUUAUUUCCAGAGUCGCGAAUGAGUGGUGUCGGAAGCAUUAAGGGAAAUACUAAGUGUAUUCCAACUGUACACAAUGACCCAGAGGCAGUACCCCAGCUGUCAAAGAUUAUACCUGCAAUACAUUUUGCUCUGGAUAAAAUUCGGAAAGAGCUGCCCUGUAGCUUACAGAAAGCAACCAUAGAUGCAGCAUUUAAAAAUAAUAUAACUGAUUACCUGACAAAUUCACUGCAAAAGGGGGCUUUUGCUGAAAAUGGGAAAGUUCCUCAAUUUACUAUUCCUGCUUAUGAGGAGAAACGAUUCCCUUCGUUCCAACAGAAGAGAUCAAAUUUAUCAAGAAUCUUGCGUUCUUAUAUUUUUUUCCCUCAUCGUUAUCAGUUUGAUGUUUUUAAAGCUGUGGAGAUGUUAAACCAAUAUCCUAAUCCUAAUACGGAAAUGCUUGAUCCUCCUGUGUGUGCUGAAGAGGAGCAGAAAUUUGAUCCUGUACCAGAGAUUAUUGCUCAGGAACUGGGGAACCCUCAAGUGAAAAACAUUGCAGUGGACAGUAAUGUCCUUUUGCCCACUGAUAAUAUAGCUGAUCAUGAUCCAGAUAAAAUCCGAGAGCUUAUUGACUUGAUUUAUAGCAGGAAAAGGCUUGGUCCAGGGGAGCCUGCUGCAAUGAAUAUUGAAAAGCUUGCACACUGUAUAUCUGACAAAGAUGAUCUUGGACUGAAAAGAAAGUUGGAAUUUGUUUCUGAGGGGAGCCACAAGCAAAUGAAAAUUACUGAAGGGUCAUUGGAAGAGGAUGCAUCCAGGUUAUCUGAUCCAGUGCCUGAAGUGACAAAUGGACUUGGUUUUAGUGAUACUUCCUUAAGACAGCAUGAUCAAACCACAGUAUUGGCUCCAGAUACUCAGAAACUUGUUGGCUUGCUGCUUGAAGUAUUUAAAUCUCCCACUUGUCCAAAUCCUGGAACAGACUUUCAAUUAAACCAGGAAAAAGGGAUGCCUGUCUGCCCAAACAGUGAUGACCUUCAACAAAGCAUUGUGGAUUAUGAUUGGGACCAGAGUAAUGUUUCAAUUAAUGAGGAAACAAAACUGAAUCAGCAAAACAUUGAUGCUUAUACACAACAGAAUGAACCAACGAAAGAAGAACACUCAAAAGAAGAAAUUGUAUCUGGACUUGAACAAGAAAGUCCUGGAUUAGUUGACAGUGGCUCUGUUUUACCAAAUAAUGAUGAUAAUUUCAGAAUAAAAGCAAAUGAUCAUCCUUCUAUGGAACAUUCAUUGCAAUUAGGUUUAAAGGAAGAGUACCCAGAGGAGCAGAUCAUAGGAAGUAUAAGCAGUCCUGAUGGAUGUAGUCCUUGUACAAAUGCCUCACAUGACCAGCUAUUCAGCAAGAAGGUGAUCUCUGAUUGUACCAUUGAUAGUGAAAUCAAUUGGAAACUUAUUCCCAUAACAGAUAUGAAAUCGCGGAUUGAACAACUGUUCUACUUACCACCAGAGGAUUCAUGCCCUGAUGAUCCACGGGUUAUAAAUCGGAAGUCAAAUAUUAAUCAUUAUCAGUCGCCUUCAAAUUCUGAAACUGGAGCAGGGAGAGUUUUAAAGGAAUGUUCAAAAGAUUUCCAUCACCCUGUUGCAGUUUACGGGACCAAUGGCUGUCCUUUUGAUCUAACAGAUGAUUCAGCUUCAGGAAUUGAAAAUACUAUUAAAUUGGAGUACAACAAGUUCUCAGACAAAAUGAUGCAAAUACUUAAGAAGGAAAAAGUUAAAUAUGGCCCUGACAACGAAAGACUGAUUUUUUCUGCACAGAAGGCUUCAAUGCUUUCUAAAUAUUCAAAUCUUCAAACACAACAUAUCCCUGUCCAAAAUUACAUAAAUCAAUUACGCAAAAGAAUGAACUCAAUCAUUUCUGACUCAUGUCCUGAUAUGUCGCACACAAACUUCCACCUUUAUCCAUCAGCUUCUCCAGAACUAACUCAAAGAAAACAAAAAAAAAUUGAAGGCUGUAGUGAAAUUUUACAGCCAUACACAGACUCACAGCUAAAAGGCUUUGUGUGCUUGAAAGAAGAUUCCAGCCAGUGCUCCAAAUCAGGUUAUGUAGAACCAAUUCCUUGUCAAAACACUAGAGAUCUUGGAAGGGGUCGAGAAAGUGAUGCCUCAUUUGCUGAAAAUAUUGUGCAAUCACAACAAAAGUCUGCACUAAGUAGUUUUACCUAUAGCUCAGUAACUGAUUCAAAUUGCACAACUACAUUGAGAGAGGAUUCAAGUUUGACUUUGGAUCAAACACUGAGCUUCAGGGACCAGCAGGGAUCAGCAUGUCUGCUGCAGGAAUCCAGUGGAAUUGGAGGACCUGAAGCACAACCAUGUCUGACCAACUUAAUUCAAAGAUUAAACCCAGAAGUCUUUUGCAGCUUGGUUGAAAUUAUUAAGGAUGUUCACAAGAACACGGUGAAGUUUUACAUUUAUGAGGUGGAGAAGACUAAUGUGUGUGCAGAAAUUAAGGGAUAUUUAACCGGAUUAGGUAAUAAAGAGUGUCAUCCAGAGGAGUUUUUAAAAAGAAAAGCUGGUUCUGUGGAUAAGUUGCUAAUUAUAAUUCAGAAUGAAGACAUUGCAUCUCACAUACACAAGGUUCCAUUAUUGACCUCAUUAAAGAAGUUAUCCUGUGUCAGUUUUGCUGGAGUGGAUAGUUUGGAUGAUGUACAGAAUCGCACGUAUAAUGAACUGUUUGUGUCUGGUGGCUUUGUGGUGUCGGAUGAAACUGUCUUGAAUCCUGAAUGUAUUUCAGUAGCAAAACUCAAGAUAUUCCUGGACUUCCUUAACAGUUUGAGCACAACUGAAAGCAAAUGGAUCUGGAAAGUCCACUGUAAAAUACACAAGAAGUUAAAGGAAAUGACAAGGACCAAUACAGCUGCCUUCAAUAUUUUAUCCCUUCUGAAUAAAUAUCAGAAACUUAACUUAGUAGAAGUUCUGUCCUAUCAUGAUUGUGACUCCAGAUCACGAACCACAAUUGAUUUAGACUGUUUAAUCAAACUACAAGCUCAGACCAUACAACGCAGACAUGUUGUUUUUCUGACUGAAAAAUUAAUGGAGCCCCUUUCCAAUUACUUAGAGUGUGGAGUGGUCGUGGCUUGUAUUGAUGACUUUGUGAAAAACUUCAAUAGCCUUAUUGGCUAUCAUAGUUCAAGUAUGGAAGAUAAACAGCUACUAAGAUUAGGACCUCAAGAUAGCUUGCAAAGCAAGUAAAAUGUACUGGAAAGCUAGCUUGAUUUUUUAGUUAAUUCUGCAGGUAAAUGUUGAAAGAAGACCCACAAGUUUUGUAUUUGGACUUGUAUUCCAAUCAACAUAACUUAUCUGUAUAUAAUUGACUUGUUUGUUGAAAGAAAAGUAAAGAAAAACAGACAUGAUGCAUUCAAAGAUUUAUGUUGGUUCUGGAAUUAAGCACAUAAGAUUUGUGUCUUCACCUGAGUGCAAUAAUGAGAAAAAUCUGAAUAUUGUGAAUAGAAUUUUGAAUGUCUGGAGAAUGCUUUUUUUAAAUAAGAAAAAGGUAUUAUGUUUGUCAUACUUAGAAUCUGAUGUUUAUUUCUAAUCAUCCAUAAAACAUCCAUAGGUAAAACAAGACUUAUCCUGUAUAAAACACAGGGAAGUUUUUAAAAAGAUGGCAUAAUUUAUUUUAAUUCAUGGAUAUUGUAAAUUUCUUGUAUAAAGUGUAUAUUAUUUUUUUUGGAAGAUUGAGGAAUUCCAAGGGAAUUAAGCUGGUAAAGCUUAAAUUUUAAAAAGUGGAAUAUCUUUUGCUGUUUUAAGAGCAUAACGUAAAUCAAGAAUACUUUUUGUUUAAAUAGUACAUUUCUUACUAAUGGAAAUUGCCUUGGAGUUGAGCCUGAUUGGGCAAUGGAGCUAAUAAAUGAAAAUGAUUCUGAAACAGUCUCAAGAUUGAUAAUACCAGUUCAUGAUCUGUGGCUUUUACUUUGGCAGCUUAGAAUAAGUAAACCCUGGUAAACCUAUGAAAGUCCAUGGGGGUGCGAGUCUGGGGAGAGUUCGUGUUGUUUGGUUAUUGUAUUAUGGUGUACUUAGACUGUGUGCUAAUGUAAGAUUGAACUGUGGAAAUGGUACAUUAUCAUAAAAGUAUAAAUUCUAGUGACUGGCUCAGUUAAGUUUUUAAUUUUUAUUAAAAAAAAGUCAAGGAAUGUUCAGGUUUUUAAGAUAUUAAUGAAAAAAUUACCAUCUUUAAAUUUACUUAAUUAUUUGACAAAAAUAUUUUUGUUAGUAAUUUCUAAUGGCCAUGUCCAUUUUCUUCCAACUCCAUGGAGUUGGCAGAAGUGGAAAAUGCUGAUGCAGAAAACUUCUGAGCAAAUGAAGGAAGCAAUGAAGAAGUGGAUAUGUCAUUAGAUUCUGAAGAUAGUUUACCACAGACGGGAAUCUGUAUUGACAAAUCUGAGGCUCUGAAUGUUGCUUAUUCUUCACAAAAUGAAGUAGAAAAGAUUAAAGGAAAAUGGAGUCACUCAUUUGAGUCCAUACGGCAAGCAUCAAAGGAUGCAACUUUAAAACUGAUUGAAACCUGUAUUUCUACAACCUCUUUGCAAAUGGCAAAGAUUCAGGAGGAAGAACAGGAUUUGCAUACACCAGUAAUUCCUCCUUACAUUCACAAAUGGAAUUGAACUGCAGUUUUCUAGCAAGUGGAAUUAAGCCAUUAUAUAUUUCAUCUCUGAAUCAGAAUUACAAAGACAGUUAUUUUUUACCUGGAUAUGAUCAAAAUUUGGCUUGUAAUAACAGCUGGGAAAAUUCCUGGCAUUCAGUGUACCAAGCCUGUCUUACCAGCAAUGAUGGCGAAAGAAACAUGAGCAGUAUCACUGAAUUUAGCAUUUUUGGUGGAGUUUUCCAUUAUUCAGUUUGAAUGCAUCCAGUAAUGUCACCACUGUAUUUGUUCCUUAUCCUUUGCUUGAUCCUGAUAGGAUUUUAUUCCAAAGGACAACUAAACAGACAGGCAUAUGAAUUAGUGACUUGGUUUGAAUAUUAAACUGUUGAGUUUGAUAUAUUUUCUUUUACAGUAACCAUGAUUCUUCCUCGAAGCUCGGUGCUUAAAAAUGACCAUUUAAGUCUAAAUUUCCACAAAAUAAAGUGUUUUUUUUUGUCUUGGAACCACAUGUCUGCAUUUAUUUUUGUAAACAAAGUCAAUCAUUUUCUGGUGUAUGGUAUUUUUAAGAAUUAUGGUCCUGCAAUCAGAAUUGUAAAGAGCUGGAUAUUCCUCUCAGCUGCUCAGUUGUAACUUACGGCCACUUUAUACUUUUUUUUAAAAGAAACUGAACAAAUAUCCUAAUUCAAACUGUACUGUAAGCACUUCUUAAACUUUAUAGCAUGUUACACUGAUGUUUAAUCAGUUUGUGAAUAAACUAAGUAUAAUGGUUAUUGGCUAUGUUAUCCAUUUUAUGGUGUUGGUCUGUUCUGUAUGUAAAAAGUGUAGAUUGAGCUAUUUGAUGAAAGGAUAUUUUUAAUUUUACAGAAAAAUGACAUACUUUUGACUUGUAGCUAAUCUUUUGAUACACUUAAUUUAUUUUGUACAAAUAUUUCAAACCAUUGUUUUUUUAAAAAAAAAUUAUGUGGUUUUCUCUCUGGCUAUAAGUGUUUUAUUUAAUGUCCUUGCAUCAGUACACUGGUUGUUAACUCGACAUUCAUUUACCUCAAUGUAUAAAGUCUAUUUUACCACUUGCUCAAUCUAGCAUUAAAUAAGACACUUGCAUACA